UCAAACGUCAUCAAAACGACAGCGAAUAUCCUCCUCUCAAGUCUCACCAUUUCACGGCCCCCUCUCCUCUCCUGUCCUCGGUUGCACUGCACGGCGGAUUUCAAAACGCCACCAUCUCUUCCUCCCUCUCCUGGCCUACAGAGCAGAAACUAUCACCAAGAAUUAUGAGUUUCGAGUCACCAAAAAUUGCAACAAGAAUCAAGACCUAAAAGGCAAAACCUCUCUCGCUCGCCGUCAAUACCAUACGAUUAGAGUAACAGUUAGAUGAGUGGUAGCAGGCAGAGGACCCUCGGGAGUGGGGUUCAGCAUGUGCUGGACUAUUUGAAGAGAACGCAAGAUGAGAAUCCUACUUUCUUUUAUGCUAUUCAGAGUGACACUGAUCACUCCGUUGGAAAUAUAUUCUGGGCAGAUGCAACCUCCAAGUUGAACUAUAAUUACUUUGGAGAUACUGUUUUCUUUGAUACUGUAUACCGGACAAAUCGGUAUAGGGUACCAUUUGCAGCUUUCACUGGAGUAAAUCAUCACGGGCAACCUGUAUUGUUUGGCUGUGCUCUACUUCUCAAUGAAUCUGAGUCCUCUUUUAUUUGGCUAUUCCAAACUUGGCUUCAUGCAAUGUCUGGACAACACCCAGUCUCUAUCACAACAGAUCCUGAUCGGCUCAUACAGGUGGCUGUUGCACAAGUUCUUCCUGAAACUCGCCAUCGAUACAGUAAGCAAGGUAUAUUUAGAGAAACCCAAGAGAAAAUGGCUCAUAUAUACCAAUCACAUCCAACCUUCGAAAUUGAAUUUAAAAAGUGCAUCAGUGAGACUGAGACAAUUGAUGAGUUUGAAUCAUCUUGGCAGUCACUCCUGAAAAGGUACUACGUCAUGGACAAUGAAUGGCUUCAGUCUAUGUACAAUGCUAGGCAGCAGUGGGUCCCAGUUUAUAUGCGAAACACUUUUUUUGGUGAGUUUUCUGUGACUGAUGGAAGUCGAGAUAUAAAUUCAUUCUUUGAAGGUUAUGUGAAUGCAUCAACCACCAUACAGAUGUUGAUCAAACAGUAUGAAAAAGCUGUGGCAAGUUGGCAUGAAAAGGAGUUAAAGGCAGACUAUGACACUGCUAACACUAUGCCGGUUCUGAAGACACCUUCGCCUAUGGAAAAACAAGCUGCCAACCUCUAUACUAGAAAAAUCUUCAUGAAAUUCCAGGAAGAAUUGGUUGAGACUCUUGCUAAUCCUGCCACCAAGAUUGAAGACUUGGGAACCAUCACCAUAUAUCGCGUGGCCAAAUUUGGGGAAGAACACAAGGCACAUACUGUUAGUUUCAAUUCUUUUGAGAUGAAAGCUAGCUGCAGCUGCCAAAUGUUUGAAUAUACAGGAAUAAUUUGUCGCCACAUAUUAGCAGUUUUUAGAGCAAAAAAUGUCCUUACGCUUCCUUCUCAAUAUGUAUGGAAACGAUGGACAAGAAAUUCCAAGAGUGGAGCUGUGUUGGAUGAACGUGCUUCUGAUUUGCCAAACAAUUCUCGAGAAUCUUUAACUGUUAGGUAUAACAAUUUGCGACAGGAAGCAAUCAAAUAUGUUGAAGAAGGGGCAAAAUCUAUUCACAUAUAUAAUGUGGCAAUGGAUGCUCUACAAGAGGCUGCUAAGAAGGUUGCUGCUGCAAAAAAUAAAAGUGCUGGUGACACAGAGGGUGUAGCUCUGACCAAUGGAGACAGUCAAGUGCUACAUGUAGUUGAUGAAAAUAGACCAACAACAUUUCAAUCUGCGGAUGAGAAGGAGAAGAAAAUUCGUGAAUUGACUGCUGAGUUGGAGAGUACAAAUCAACGCUGUGAUGUUUAUAGAGCAAACUUGCUAGCCGUUUUAAGAGAUAUGGAAGAACAGAAGUUGAAGCUGUCAGUGAAAGUUCAAAAUGCAAGGCUUAGCCUGAAAGAAUGAAUAUGCGUAUUUGGGGGGAGAUUUUAUAAUUCUCUAGCUUGUUCAGGGUGGCAGCAAAUGGGAAUCUUAAGAAUACUACUCUUAGCACGGUGGGAGUGCCACGCCAUGCAUGCACGAAAAGUUUAGGAUGUCUAGGAGAACAGUGAAAGAACAGGAGACAUGAUGUAGUUUAAAUGCAUUAAAUUUUUAGAUUGUGGUGUGAUUUUGUUGGAUGGCAUGUAUUUUGACAACAAAGGGAUAGGGAUGGAGCUUUCAGGUAAACAUGAUUUACCUUGUCACGCAAUGGUAGAUCAAAUGAUGCAAUGCAAACAUAGAAAGAUGCAAUAUAAUCCUGGUUUAAU